AUGACCAAAUUCCAGGAGGUGGUGACGUUCACAGAUGUGGCUGUGGUCUUCAGCGAAGAGGAGCUGCAGCUGCUAGACCAGGCCCAGAGACUGCUGCACCGCCAUGUGAUGCUGGAGACCUUCCAGAACCUUCUGGCCGUGGCACACCAGCCCUUCAAACCUGACCUGAUUACCCGGCUAGAGAGGGAAGAUGCGCUUGUGACCAAAACAGCCACGCAAGGCCACAGCCACACGUGCUCAGGAAGCCGGAGUGAAGGUGGCCUGGCGAGGCCCGAGGGCCGGGGAUUCCGUCCUCUUUCUCCUGGAGAGAUUUCCUUCUACCAAGCCUGGCGACGGGGCCCGGGCGCGCGCGCGGUUACCGCGGGUCUCAGUGCCGGGGAGACCUUGGGGGAGACGCAGGAGCCGCGGCAGCCCCGGGGCGUGGCUCCCCGCCGCCUCUCCGGGCCGCACCCCGCGCCGGGGGACAGCUCUGCGCCCCACUCGGGCCCCGGGGUUGGGAGGGACGAGGACGGCGGGGCGCAGGGGUCCCCGCCGCGCGCGGACCAGGACCCUUGUUCGCGCCAGGGCUGCGGCCGGCGCUGCCCCCCGAGCCCGGGCGUGCGGCCCCCCGCGCCAGCCCCGGCCCACGGCGGCGGCCGUCCCGGUGGUGACUGCCGGGUGCCGGCAUCGGAAUCCCCGCGCGGCCCCCCGGGGGCGCAGCCGCCCGCGCCCGACCCCUGCAGCACCAGCCCCGGCGGGAACGCCUGCGGCCCAGGCCACCGGCCCACGGCCCACGCCGCGGAAAACCCGCACCCGGAGCGCGGGCGUGGCCUGGACCCCAGCUCGGAGCUGGCCGAGCCCCCGCGCCUGCACGUGGGCCAGGCGCCGCUCCGCUGCGCCGAGUGCGGGCGAGGCUUCCGCCACCGCUCGGCCCUGAGCGCGCACGCGCGUGCGCACGCCGGGGAGAAGCCGCACCGCUGCCCGGAGUGCGGGAAGGGCUUCGCGCGCGGCUCCGACCUCCGGGCCCACCGGCGCGUGCACACCGGGGAGCGGCCGUUCGCGUGCGGGGAGUGCGGGAAGGCCUUCAGCCGCAGCUCCUACCUGAAGGGCCACCAGCGCGUGCACUCGGCCGAGCGGCCGUUCCGGUGCGGGGAGUGCGGGAAGGGCUUCCGGCGGAGCGCGCACCUGCAGGGCCACCGGCGCGUGCACACCGGGGAGCGGCCGUUCACGUGCGGGGAGUGCGGGAAGGGCUUCGGCUGGAGCUUCAACCUGCAGAUCCACCGGCGCGUGCACACCGGGGAGCGGCCGUUCGCGUGCGGGGAGUGCGGGAAGGCCUUCAGCAAGGCGGCGGCGCUGCGGGCGCACGCGCGCGUGCACAGCGGGGAGCGCCCGCACCAGUGCGGCCAGUGCGGGCGGCGCUUCGGCCAGCGCGCGCACCUGCGCAGCCACCUGAGCGUGCACGCGGCGCCGCGGCCGCACGUGUGCGCGCUGUGCGGGAAGGGCUUCGGCCAGCGCGCGCACCUGCGGGGCCACCAGCGCGUGCAUGCGCGGGCACGGCCGUACGCGUGCGAGCUGUGCGGGCGCGGCUUCAGCCAGGGCGCGCGGCUGGAGGCGCACCGCCGGGCGCACGCGGGGGCCCCGCACCGCUGCCCGCUCUGCGCCAAGGCCUUCGCCGAGCGCGCGCGCCUGCAGGCCCACCUGCGCGGCCCCGCGCACGGCCGCGACCACAGGUGUGCGCAGUGCGGCAAGGCCUUCGCCGGCGGCUCGGGGCUGCGCGCGCACCUGCGCGUGCACACGGGCGAGCGGCCGUUCACCUGCCCCGUGUGCGGCCGGGGCUUCAGCCAGAGGUCCAACCUGCGCGCGCACCAGCGGCUGCACACCGGCGAGACGCCCUACACCUGCGACGCGUGCGGGAAGGGCUUCCGCUGGGGCUCCGGGCUCCUCAUCCACCAGCGGGCCCACCGCGGGGACCAGGCCGGCGGGGACCCCCGCCCGCCACCGCCGCUGCCCGCCCCGGACAGCCGGCCCCCAAGCCACGGUCCUCAGGUGCCAACUGAAGUUCACCCAUCACCAGCAGAGCCAAAAUAA